AUGGCUACACUCCAGGGAACACGUUUCGAAUCGUUGGGGUCGCUCGAGAUCAAGCAGCACAGAGAGGACAAGAAGGAUGGUGAUGAUGCCGAGCCAAAGAACCAGCUUGUCUACGAAAUCACGCAGCUCGAGGACCUCAACCAGCUUCCGAAGCUUUCCGGCAAGGCUACCAAGGAGAUUGACAUGACCAUUAUUCCAGGCAUCCUGAGUAUCUAUGGUUAUGUCUCGACGGAUACUUGGGAGAUCGGACUUGGGUUCAAAAUCCUCGGCUCGAAGUAUCCAGCAAUCUAUGGCAACGCGAAGGAAGGCUUGGUCAUCAAGCUCGACUCGGUCUACAAGGGAGAGAUCCGGGUCUGGUUUGAGCUGAAGGAUGGCAAGCCCCACGUCUAUAUCAAGAUUAAUCUUGAGCCCAAAUUCCCAUUCAACUUUCUUCCAUCCAUCCAUGAGCGCUCCGAGAUCCCGCUCUAG